AGGAAACCUGGAUUAACAGGUAGAGGACUGUAUGAAUUAAAACCAGAAUGUGCCAGGAACUUCAAUCUGUAUUUUUAUCACUUUUCAAGGGCAGAGCAAUCAAAGGCAGAGGAAGCACAAAGAAAGCUGAAAAGACAGAACAGAGAAGAUACAGCACUUCCACCGCCAGCUCUUCCUCCUUUCUGCCCGCUUUUUGCAAGUCUGGUUAAUAUUCUGCAAUCUGAUGUCAUGCUGUGCAUUAUGGGAACUAUACUGCAAUGGGCAGUAGAACACAAUGGCUAUACCUGGUCAGAGUCCAUGCUGCAAAGGGUCUUGCAUUUGCUUGGAAUGGCGCUACAAGAAGAAAAACAACAUCUGGAGAAUCUCAAUGAGGAGAAUGUUGUAACAUUUACCUUCACUCAGAAAAUAUCAAGACCAGGAGAGGCACCCAAUAAUUCCCCUAGUAUUCUAGCUAUGCUGGAAACACUGCAAAAUGCACCUCAUCUGGAAGUGCACAAGGACAUGAUCAGAUGGAUAUUGAAGACUUUUAAUACUAUUAAGAAACUAAGAGAAAGCUCUUCUACAAGUCCUGUGGCUGAGGCAGAAGGAAAUAUUAUGGAGGAGAGUUCGCGUGAUAAAGACAAAGCUGAAAGGAAGCGAAAAGCUGAGAUUGCCAGAUUGCGCAGGGAAAAGAUCAUGGCCCAGAUGUCUGAGAUGCAACGGCACUUCAUUAAUGAAAACAAAGAACUCUUUCAGCAGACUUUGGAGGAGCUAGAUACUUCAACCUCUGGAGUACAUGAAAAUAGCCCUGUAAUUUCAGAUGCAAAACUCACAGCCUUGGGACCAGAGCAAACUAGAGUAGCUGAACACAGACAGGUUGUUAUGUGUAUAUUGUGUCAGGAGGAACAAGAAGUUAAAGUGGACAGCAGGGCUAUGGUCUUGGCAGCAUUUAUUCAGCGAUCAACUGUGUUGUCUAAAAAUAGAAACAAAAUUAUUCCAGACCCUGAAAAGUAUGAUCCAUUAUUCAUGCACCCAGAUCUGUCAUGUGGAACUCACACAGGUAGCUGUGGACAUAUUAUGCAUGCUCAUUGUUGGCAAAGGUAUUUUGAUGCUGUCCAAGCAAAAGAGCAACGAAGACAACAAAGAUUACGAGUACACACAAGUUAUGAUGUAGAAAAUGGUGAAUUCCUUUGCCCACUUUGUGAGUGCUUAAGCAACACCGUUAUUCCUCUACUUCCUCCACCAAGAGUUUUGUUUAACAGGUUAGACUUUUCAGGCCAACCAAACCUAGCUCAGUGGAUCAAAACAAUAUCCCAGCAAAUAAAAGCACUGUAUUUACUUCGAGAUGAAGACUGUGCAAGCAAUUCUGGUAAUUCAGAAAAAAUGGAUCAGCUGCAACUACCUGAAGGAUUUAGACCAGAUUUCAAACCGAAGAAUCCUUAUUCUGAGAGCAUAAAAGAGAUGUUGACAACUUUUGGUACAGCAACAUACAAAGUAGGCUUGAAAGUUCAUCCAAAUGAAGAAGAUCCACGUGUACCUAUAAUGUGCUGGGGAAGCUGUGCUUACACGAUACAGACUAUAGAACGAAUUUUAGCUGAUGAAGAUAAACCAUUAUUUGGUCAUUUACCUUGUCGACAGGAUGACUGUCUUACAUCAUUAACAAGGUUUGCAGCAGCUCACUGGACAGUGUCAUCUCUCUCAGCAGUACAGGGUCACUUUUGUACUCUCUUAGCAUCACUGGUGCCUAAUGAAAAAAAUGGAAAUCUUCCUUGCAUACUUGAUAUUGACAUGUUUCAUUUAUUGGUAAGCUGGGUGCUCUCUUCCCCUGCCAUACAUUGUCAGGAUUUUUCAGGGGUUAGUCUUGGCACUGGAGAUCUUCACCUGUUUCAUCUUGUCACUAUGGCACACGUAAUACAAAUUUUACUUACCUCAUCAACAGAAGAGAAUGGCAUGGAUCAAGAAAACACUAACAGUGAAGAGGAAGUAGCUGUGCUUACACUGUAUAAAUUUCUUUGCCAGUGUACAGGAAGUGCCUUGAAAGAAAUUUCCUCAGGCUGGCACCUGUGGAGGAAUCUAAAAGCUGGAAUCAUGCCUUUCCUGAGAUGUUCUGCUUUGUUUUUCCAUUACUUAAAUGGAGUCCCAGCGCCUGCAGAAAUUCAAGUAAAUGGAACAAACCAGUUUGAACACUUAUGUAGCUAUCUUUCUUUGCCAAACAACCUCACUUGCCUUUUUCAAGAAAACAGUGAGAUUCUGAACACGUUAAUAGAAAGUUGGUGUAGUAACAAUGAAGUAAAAAGAUAUCUCGAAGGCAAGAGACAUGCUAUCAGCUAUGCAAGAGAAUCCAAUAAAUUAAUAGACCUUCCGGACGACUACAGCUGCCUCAUUAACCAAGCAUCCAAUUUUUCGUGUCCGAAAUCAGGUGGUGAUAAAAGCAGAGCCCCAACAUUGUGCCUUGUGUGUGGGACCAUGCUAUGUUCUCAGAGUUACUGUUGUCAGACUGAAUUAGAAGGAGAAGAUGUUGGAGCCUGUACUGCACAUACAUACGCGUGUGGUUCUGGAGUGGGCAUAUUCCUUAGAGUACGAGAAUGUCAGGUGCUAUUUUUAGCUGGAAAAACAAAGGGCUGCUUUUAUCCUCCUCCUUAUCUCGAUGACUAUGGAGAGACAGACCAGGGACUCAGACGCGGGAAUCCCUUACAUCUGUGCAAAGAACGAUUUAAAAAGAUUCAAAAACUCUGGCAGCAGCACAGUAUCACAGAGGAAAUUGGACAUGCACAAGAAGCAAAUCAAACACUAGUUGGGAUUGAUUGGCAGCAUUUAUAAUGGUUGUCUGCUGAAGACUGGAACUUUAUUAAGAUUUUUGUAACUCAGUAAGCUUUUCAAAGGGAGGGAUUAGGAAAAAAAAGUCUGAGGAAAAAAAAACCCCAAACCCAGUCCUGUUAUUUAAUCUUUGUUUUACAAUGUAUUUCAUAAAGAUACCAGUUAACAUUAAUCAAGUAAACUUAUUUCUAUGUAAGCAAGUUUUAUUAGUCAUAUAAUUUGCACUGUGCUUCCCUCACAGAAAUGUCUUGGGUUAUAAACCUGGGCAAAUGAACUUGAGUUUCUGAUAAAAAAAAAAAAAAGAAUGACUCUUUUUGGAAGUCUGACUAUGAUUUUUCUUAUAAACUGCAAGAGAAAAAGACUGCUGAAACAGAAACUAGAUAGAGCACAAUUAUGGAUUGUGUUUUGCCCCUUGCUAGUAAUCUGAGCCGUUUUAUUUAUUAUUCUGCAUUUUAAUACUUAAGCUGUGUGUACAUGCAAUGGAAUGAAGUAAGGAAGCAAAUAAUGUAGCAAAUGGAUGUUUCUGUCUGCAUCAGUGGAUAAUUCACUCUUUCACUUGGUGUAUC